AUGAGAGGGGGCGAAAACGGGGCCAAAGGCGGGCGGAGGGCAUUCCGAGUGUGCACAGGAAGGGAGAUGGAGGGGGCAAGCCGGAAGGAAUCCAGCGUAACAUCCAAGAGAAAAGCAGGUGAACCGAGGGGACCAGGCGACCCGAAAAGAGGGGCCGGCGGAAGCCUGAAGAGCGGGCCCGGCAGUUGCGGUACAAAAAGAGAUCGGCGCCGGAAACAGGGUGGCCAGAGGGCGCCGAAUGGACCAAAGCGGGGGAGGACCGACAAGGGGGGGGGGCCCGAAAAGCACCGGCGCGUGAAGGGCAGAAAAAAGGAUGACCCAAGGGGCCAAACAGGGCGGAGAGGAAAGAGGAGGCCGGUAAAGGGCGGGAGAAGGGACAGAGAGAGAGGAGAGGGGCGAAAACGGCGCCAAAAUGCGGCCGGAGGGCCACAAAAAAGAAGGGGCGCAGGCCGGAGAGGACCGGCCCCAGCAGGCGGACAGAAUGAGAGCGGCGCCGGAAAACAGGGGGGCACACAUGGCGGCGAAGACCAAAGGGGGGCAGACCGACGAGGGGGGUCCCGAAAGCACCGGCUCGGAAGGGCCCCGAAAAGGAGGACAAGGCGGGGACGACAUGGCGGAGAGGAAAGAGUAGGGGGAGAAAGCGAUCAGACAGAAGAGGAGAGGGCGAAAACGGCCCAAAGGGGGACCGGAGGGGCACCGAGUGGGUCGCAGGAGAAGAGGGAGGGGGCAAGCCGGAAGGAACGCGAACAGGCGAGAGAGGCAGACAGAAGAGAGCGGCGGCCGAGAGGUGCGGCCAGAGAGCCGGACAGAAGAGAGCGGCCGCCGGAAACAGGGCGGCAGGCAGGGCGCCGACGACCAAAGGGGGAGACCGACGAGGGGGGGGCCCGGAAGCAUCCGGCCCAGAAGCGACCCAAACAGGAUGAAAAGGCGGCCGACAGGGCGGAGAGGAAAGAGGGGGCCGCAAAAGGGGGGACAAAGCUGACAGAAAGAGAGAGAGGGGCGAAAACGGCAAAGGCGGCCGGUUAG